CGUGAAACCGACAAAGAAGGCGCCCUGACCAAUCCACCCACCAAAGCCAAAGGAUAGCGUCAAAGGCUUUUAUAGAACAAGGGUUCGAACUCGAUAAAAAGGUUCCCCUGGCGCAGUUGGCCUUCAAAAACAAACGGGUUCAGUCCUUUCCAAGUCGAAGUCAGCUGCUCCCUCUGCGCCUUGAACAGAGUGGACAUUUACUAUGAACGUCCUCAUAUCGAUAUUGGGCAAGAGAGCCCUCAAGAGUCUCGACACCGACAAGAUCAAGCCAAACUCUGACAAUCCAUACGAGGAACGAGUCCCGGUAUACAAGAAUGGUCAAAUCGUCAAGUACAGGACUCAGGAGCGACCAAUUCCGGUUGAGCUGUCAUCAAACGACCAGGCGAUCCUGAAAACGGUGCGGAAGAGAGCAUAUAAAUGGGACAUGGGCUUCAAGUGCUGCUGCGUUCCCGUCCGGUUUGGCUGGUCCUUCUUUAUUGGUUUGAUUCCUAUCAUCGGUGAUUUUGCGGAUGCUCUCAUGGCCCUGUGGUUGGUAAAGAAGGCUUCCAAGAUUGACGGUGGUCUACCAGCAACCCUUUACGCGAAAAUGAUAUCCAACAUCAUGUUCGACUUUGCGAUCGGUCUGAUUCCCAUCGUUGGCGACAUCAUCGAUGCGGUCUACCGAGCGAAUACACGCAAUGCCUGGCUACUCCACGUGUACUUGAUGGCGAAGGCUGAUGCGGUCAGGAACGGAAAAGUCUCUGAUCCGGAGACCGGCGAGACCAUUCACUUGUUAGGAAAUGGAACUGGUAAUGGGGUUCUCCAGCCCUCAACUCGACCGGCUCAGUCAACUUCUGCACCGAAAACAACGCACGGCCGGGGAUGGGGCUGGAACCGCGGUGGUGGAAGAACAGCAGAACCAGACUUGGAGUCCGGGAUUGUGGAAGCUCGACCGGAGCGGGAGCUGCGGGAUAGCCACGGCGGUCGGGGUGACGGCCGGGGUGGGUCUACAAGGGAUUCCCGAAGUCAAGGCCGGAGAUAAAGUGGUUUUGGUGGGUCCAACACGAGCCGAUCGCGGUCUCGACACUUGACGUGUGCGAUGUGGAGAGGUUCGAGCUUCGGAGCUCCGACAUGGAAGACCUGGUGAGGUCGGAUGCUGAAUAAUGAAUGAACAAUGACGGCACGAAUUCAGUUGUGAAAAACGCAAAAGACGGAACUAUGAAAGCAAGCAAGGCGCUUGAAGGCACACCUACCUAGGAGUCUCGUUUUUGUUUUUCUAUGUCACUUACAUAAUGCCCCUUGUACAACAAUUAAUGAUUAUAAGCUUCGCACCCCCG